AUGUCGGAUAGACACCAUGUACAGCCCGAGGCGUACCAUUUGAAGCCUACUGCACAUUGUCCAAACAAUGACGUUCCCGUUCUCAUAUAUCGAAACGUUCUAAGCUCGCUGGAUGAAGACAGAGUAUUCCAAGGCAGUUCAGAGCUAGUAUUUGGCGAAGGCGUCUCAGAUCCAGUGGGAACUGGUGUGAGGUGCCUAGUUCGAGCCGGAGAUGUAGUUGUUGUUCCCGCCGGUGUUGGACAUGCGUCCGUUUCCCAGACAGAGGGAGCAGGAGAGCAGCCAAGUGACGAGUCAGAAUACCGGUACGUCGGCGUUUAUCCUGAGGGUUCACCCGUAUAUAAGUAUGAGAUAGGAAAGAAGGCCCUAGAGGAGACGAGCGUUCUUGCUGAGGAAGUGGCAGCUGUGCCUCUCCCACAAACGGAUCCUAUCUUUGGUGUUGAUGGGCCGUUGAUGCGGAUAUGGACAGCCUCAAGGAGCAGCCACGUGAAUCAGGCCAUGAAUCGUACUGUAGAAUUUAAAUAA